GAAAAGAGAAUGAGGGAAGAGAAAAAGUAAAGUAGGUAAAGGGAGUGAGACAUGGGAAAAGAGGUAGAAUGAAGAAAGAGAGGGGAAGAUUUAGAAACAGAGAAAGAAAGAUAUUGUCAAAGGGAAGACGGAAAGAUAGAAAAUCACCAAAAAGAUUGAGAAGAUAAAAACGAAAAGAGUAAAAGAGAAGAGGAACAGGUGAUAUAGACGAAAAGAAUAAGGCAUAGAGAGAAAGAAAAAUUAGUAGGCAAGGAGGACGAAUACUGUAAAAUAUGAAAGGAAAAAAACAAAACAAAAAAUAGAAAGUGAAACAGUGGAAGGAAGGAAAAUUUAUAUAUAACCUACAGAAAAGAUUGGCAGUUUGAUAAGUAGAUUUUACAUAUAUGUGAAGACAACAUCUUACUUAAAACUUCACCAUGUACCGAGUGUUCUCUAACAGACUGGCUUCAGCUCAGAAUCUGCAACUGAUUGGAGCCCAUCUGCGGUUAAUGUCUUCAUGUCAGAAAAACUUGGUGGAUCGAAUAAUCCGUGUGGAUCAUGCUGGUGAACUUGGAGCCGACAGAAUCUAUGCAGGACAAUACGCUGUCCUUAAGAAAACCUCAGUUGGCUCCCUCAUUAAGGAAAUGUGGGAAGAAGAGAAACACCAUAGAGAAACAUUUGAAAAACUAAUGGUUCAACACAGGGCUCGACCCACAGCUUUACUACCUAUUUGGAAUGUUGCUGGAUUUGUCCUUGGUGCUGGCACAGCCCUGAUGGGGAAAGAAGCAGCUAUGGCUUGUACUGUGGCAGUUGAAGAUGUAAUUGGUCAUCAUUAUAAUGCCCAAAUUCGGGAUUUAGUUGAAGAUGAUCCAGUAAAACAUGAAGAACUUUUGAAGAUAAUAAAGAAAUUUCGUGAUGAUGAAUUACACCAUUAUGAAACAGGGCUUGAGCAUGAUGCUGAGCAAGCACCUUUCUAUAAAACAUUGACUGAAGUGAUAAAAGUUGGUUGUAAAGGAGCAAUAUGGCUAUCAGAACGAAUAUAAUGUCACAUCUUUCUCUCUCCCCAUCUCCCAUCUUAGCUAUCUCCAUUUUCUAUUCCUUGCCCAUUCUCCUCCUUUCUCUUAUCUAUCUCCAUUAUCUUAGCUCCUCCUCUCCCCCUCCCCCCACUUCUAAGCACUCAACCUACUGAUUGUAUACAUUUCACAUUUGCCAGAAAGUCAACUUUUUGCUGAUAUCCUAUGAUUUGCUGUAGGUUGUUAGGCUUAGAAUACAGAAUGGGAUACACCUGCCAGAUUCUGUUUGUGACAUCUUGGUUGUUAAUGGAACCAAAUUUUGCAAGGUUUAUCUCAGGUUACAGAUGAUAUAUAUAUAUAUAUAUAUAUGUGUGUGUGUGUGUGUGUGUGUAUGUAUAUGUAUAUGUAUAUAUAUAUAUAUAUAUAUAUAUAUAUAUAUAUAUAUAUAUAUAUUGUUAUAUUUCAGGAUGCUCUUUUUAUUUUGUGUUUUUGCCAAAUAAACACAGGCACUAUAUAUUUGUUCUACACUCGUAUAUUACUGUUCUUAUUUUAACUUAUGUCCAUUGUCUGGAAAUCUUUUGUCACACAUCUGUGACCUCUUUGGGGUUGCUGAAGAGAUCACAGAUAUGUGACGAAAGAUUUCUGGACAAUGGACAUAAUAAGAUAAAAUAAUAACAAUAAUAAAUGAGUGGAGAUCAAAUAUAUAGUGCAUGUGUUUAUUUGGCAAAAACAAAAAACAAAAAUGACCAUCCCGAAAUAUAACAAUAUCUGUUUCAACACAGUAUCACAUCAGGAAUCUUGCAACACGUAUUCAUAAACGUAUGUAUAUGUAUAUAUAUAUAUAUAUAUAUAUAUAUAUAUAUAUAUAUAUAUAUAUGGUACUGUAUGGAAUGGGACUGUUAUCUCGUUGAUUGUAUUUGCUAAAUAUAUUCAAGAGACAGGACUUAUUGUGAUUGUAUUUUCUAUGUGUGAUACUACAUCUUUACAUGUUUUAGUGAGCGUUAUGUGUGGACUAUUUACAUUUAAAUCACUAUAUUUGAAGAAGAAAAAUUGUAAAACUUGAUUUUGUUCUCUCUGAAAGAGAAACUGAAACAUUUUAUUUUGAAUUGAAAAAAAAAAUAUAUAAAUAAAAAAAACUCUAAACUUGCAAAACCCAAA